AUGUCUAUGGUAACUCGUUCGUUUGUUACAGUUUUCAUUUUUUUUUUUAGUGUUAUAACACAGGGAUUCAAACAAUUUCAAAACCGCAACCACUUUUCAAAAAAGUCCACAUGUGCAAAAAAAAAAAAAAAAAAAACUAACACAUUUACUCACUUGCCUCAGCUCUAUUCACAAUUAAUUAUUAUUAUAUUAUUAUUUUUUAUUUUUUUAUUUAUUGGACACUGA